AUGAACCAUACGCGUGGUCUGAUAUCCACCGCGCAAGCCUUGCGCCAGACCUUCCUCACACCUUUCCAGAGCUCCAGAUUCAGCUUCAUACAGCCAUAUGUCCUCCAGAAUGGUCUGCAAAUCCGAAAUUUCCAGCAUUCUCGCUGCCUCGCCCUUCAUAGACCUCGACCACCUGUUAAGGGGCCCAUCAAGGACGAAGAGAUCCGCUCUCAAACUGUGCAGGUAGUCAAUUCUGCGGGAGAUCUUGAUCCACCCGAAUUUUUAUCCGAUGUCCUUGAAACAUUCGACCGCAAGAAGUACUUCCUUAUUCAAGUGUCCCCAGGAGCUUUCAAAAAACCGCCGGUAUGCAAAGUCAUGGACAAGUUGGAGUAUCGGAAUGCAGAGAAAGCGAAGGAAAAGGCAGCAAAGGCAGCCAAACAGUCUCUCAAGCAAAUUGAGCUGAACUGGGCUAUCGAUGCCCAUGAUCUUGAACAUCGCUUGAAGCAGUUGGCUGCCUUUUUGGAGAAAGGUCGGAAGGUUGAGAUCAUCUUGACUCGGAAGAAGCACAAGCGGCCCCCCACGGUCGAUGAGAUCAAGCAUGUCAUGCAGACUGUGUUGGACACCACACGAGAGGCGGGAGCUACACAAGUCAAAGCAAUGGAGGGAGAACCGGGCAAACGUGUUCUGCUUACUGUGAAGAAGGGUGACAAUUGA